UCUUCAAAGAGCUGGAUGGAUCACACAGGGCAAGGCAAACCAGCCAACAUGGGGAAGAUCAUCUUUUAUGAGGACAAGAACUUCUCUGGGCGCCAUUUUGAGUGCAGCAGCGACUGUGCGGACUUGAUGUGCGUCCUCAACCGCUGCAAUUCCAUCAAGGUGGAGAGCGGCUCCUUCAUGAUCUAUGAAAAACCCAACUACAACGGCAACCAGUACUACCUGAAGAGAGGAGAGUUUCCUGACUACCAACACUGGAUGGGUGUCAGUGACUCAGUCAGCUCCUGCCGACUCAUUCCCACGGAACCUGGGUUGUUCAACAUGCGCCUGUAUGAGCGGAUAGAGUUCGGAGGUCAGAUGAUGGAUCUGGUGGACGACUGUCCCUGCGUCAUGGACCGCUUCCACACAAACGACAUCUUCUCCUGCAAUGUGACCAACGGCAACUGGCUCUUCUAUGAGCACCCAAACUACCGAGGCAGGAUGUACCUGAUAAGGCCUGGAGAGUACAAGAGGUUUAGCGAGUGGGGUGGCAGGAGCGCCAAGGUCGGCUCCAUCAGACGCAUCAUGGACUACUGAUCUGUUUGAAGGAUCCCGGAAAGGCAUGGAGGUUUUUGGAAAGGCUUCAUGCUCAGACCACAGCCAGACAACAAGACUUUAGUACAAAAUACUGUACCUGAAUCAAGAUGUUAUGAUACUGAAGGCCCAGGACAAAGAGGUGGUGAUAUGUGUGGUGAUAUUUGGGAAUUACACUUCAAAGAUUAAGACAAGAUCUUAGUGUCCUGUAAACACUCCGAAAUAUUAAUCCCAAUCAGAAUGGUAUGUUUUCCUGAUGUAAGGAUUAUGGACUCAAAGAAGAGACUCGGUGGAAAGCAUUCAAGAGCAACAACGGAACGUUUUUGGGCCUGUUCUUGAUCAAACACUCACCAUCGUAAUAAAGCAAUUGCAAAAUGGAGUCUUCAAAGUCCAUUUAGUUGUGAGGAGGACCUCAGAGAUAGUAUCUCCAUUUUUAAAAUGUACUGUUAUUUGUGAAUACUGUAACCUUUAGGAUAAAUGUCCAUAGAUGCACAGUGGCUUGGCUCAGAGACAGCAUUGA